AUGAAGAUAUUUAUAUCUGAAUCUAAGGAAAUAAUGGCAAAAGGUAUGUUUGAUCUGCGUGGAUGGGUAACAGCACCUCACAGAAUAGAUAGCAUUGUUGAAGUUCCUGUGCUUAGGAUGACAUGGAAUACAGUUUUAGAUAAUUUAAGAUGUAAUGUCAACAUAAGUGAAGCAAGAUCGGAGAAAAUAACGAAAAGAUAUGUGAUUGCUGUGGCACAACAUAUAUUUGAUCCAAUGGGACUUGUUUGCCCAGCAACUUUAAUACCCAAACUUAUUAUGCAGAAAAUUUGGGAACAUAACAUAGAUUGGGAUCAUGAAAUACCCGAAGAGUUAGCCCAAGAGUUCAACAACUGGUUAAGUAAAGCACAUUUCAUCAAUCAAUGUCUGUUCCCUAGACAUAUCUCAAUCGCACCUUUAGAAAAAUGUCAGUCUUCAUAUAUUUUGUGA